AAAUGGUUUGCCAAACAUUUGUACCACGGCACUUGCCCUAUAACGUGGCUUGAGAGUCUACCCCCUCACAAUCCAAUUCUCCAAAAAGGCUUUGUAGUUCUCCAAAAAACUUGACCAAACUUCCCGACCCUCCCGCUAUCCCUCACGUACUCUUCCAUCUCACACAAAGAAUCCCAUCCACGUAUAAAUCCCACCAUUCCCACAUAACAAACAGUUCUUCGCCAUUUGCCACAUUUUGUUCUCAACAAGCCACGACCUUAACGGCUGCCAUAACUGCCCUAAUGGACUCCGUCGCCUCCACCUCCUCCCCACCAAACCACCACCCCCGACGCCCGCGAACCCGGUUCAAACCCACGCAACCCUUCGCCGACCGCAUUCUUCGAGCCCUCCACCACCAACUCCGCCUCCUCCACCGCCGAGACUCCAACUUCUUCGUGUUAGGCGCCACGGGGAACGUCUACACCGUCUCCUUAUCCGCCACCCCUUCAUGCACGUGCCCGGACCGUACAACCCCAUGCAAGCACAUUUUCUUCGUGUUCAUCCGAGCGUUGGGCCUUCCCCUCGAUGACGCAUGUCUGAGGAGGAGGACGCUGCGGCCGUGCCAGGUCAACCGCCUCUUAGGGCUGCCUACGCUGCCGGAAGCACUGGCGGCUUUCAGCCUUCGAGAGAGGUUUCACCAGUUGUUUUUUCAGGGCUCCUCGUCGUCGUCAGCAACAAAGCCACGACAUCAGGUGGAAAUUGAAGAGGGAAGUAGCUGCCCGGUUUGUUUGGAGGAGAUGGCGGGAAAGCAAGAGAAGGUGGUGGCUUGCGGGACGUGUAGAAACCCUAUACACGAAGAGUGUUUGAUGACGUGGAAGAGGAGCAGCGGGGGGAGGUCGGCUAGUUGCGUGAUUUGUAGGGCAAGGUGGAAGGAUAUUAAUAGGAUUAUGAAACAAGAUAAGUACUUGAAUUUGGCUGCUUAUUAUGCUACUAAUCAUGAUCAAGAUGACAUUGGUAAUGCUAGUGAGGGUCUAUCGGGUGAUGGUUGACCCAAAUAAUCUCUGUGUAAUUUCAUGUAAAUUAAGUUAAAUUAUUACAAGAACAGGUUACAAGGGAUGCUUCAUAAUUGUAAAUAGAUUGAUGGAUAAUCUAGGAAAAGGAAAUUACAAAUUGCUUAGUGUGGCAACUUGAAAAUUAUCAAAAAUUUCAAGGAGAUAGACCAAUGGUUUAUUAUUUAAUUACUGGAAUUGAAAUUGUCCUCAAUUUGCAUAUUAUUACCUGUAUAGCAUCAUAAGCGUUAAAAUAGAACAAUGAUUUGAUGCUGAAAGAAAA